AUGGGAACCGAAAACAGCGACACGAUAAUCUCCGAGGAGGCUGGCUCCGCUCGCCAAAGCCAAGGCAUGCUCAAAGUCCCUUCGAGAUCCUCUUCGCAGCAAAAAAUCCAAACAGCGCCAUCUGCCACUGGCCGCAGCAGCAGCAGUGCUCGGUCCAAAGACUCCAAGAACAGCUAUGCCGACGUUCAGGGCAAUGGUUCACUAAGUGCUGCGCGCCAAGUUGGUGACAAUGAUGCUGCUGGCUCACCAGGUAACACACAACCCAGCUCACCCUCUACCAGCGAGCAGAAGCAAAGAAGGAAGAAGGGAGGUCUGCUUGCUCUGCUUGGCUGCUGCGGUGUUCCGGAUGAUGAGGAUAAGAACAAUGUUCACAAACUAAACAAACUCCCUCAACGGCCGACCACGGCAAAAUCUCGAUCCCAAACCUCGCAGGACCAGUAUGCCCGCAACUCGAAUGAGAAGGCCAAUAACACGGCUGCUGCUGCGGACCAACAAGCGGCAGCUAGCGGCUCUCAGGAUGUCAUCGUGGAAGAAACCAUUACACACCAGGAGAACCCGCCUGCUGUUGCCGUCGAGCCUCCUAGUGCGCCACAAUCAGCCGGCGGAGGCAAUUCCUCCAAUGGCGACGACGUCGAUAUGCCUGACGCACCAGAGGAAGCUCACGAGACGCCGGUCGUCGAACCAUCUGAAGAGCCCGAGGAGCGAAGUGUGCCUCCUCCACCGCCGGGGCCAGCCGUCGCAACAGCCGUCCCUCUCCCCCCCGCUAAUGCUGUGGAGGAGCAGCGCAAGUGGCUGCUGCCGCCCAUUGCACCUGAGCACAAGGGAAGAAAGUGCCUGGUUCUCGAUCUCGAUGAAACCCUUGUACACAGCUCAUUUAAGAUUUUGCACCAAGCUGACUUUACAAUACCUGUCGAAAUCGAAGGCAAUUAUCAUAACGUAUACGUCAUUAAGCGACCUGGCGUCGAUGAAUUCAUGAAGAGAGUGGGCGAGUUGUACGAAGUCGUUGUCUUCACCGCGUCCGUCUCCAAGUAUGGUGAUCCUCUAUUAGACCAGCUUGACAUUCACAACGUCGUCCACCACCGACUCUUCCGCGAAAGCUGCUAUAACCACCAGGGCAAUUACGUCAAAGACCUGUCACAAGUCGGACGCGACCUCAAAGACACCAUCAUCAUCGAUAAUUCGCCGACCUCGUACAUAUUCCACCCUCAACACGCCGUUCCUAUCAGCAGCUGGUUCUCUGACGCCCACGACAACGAACUGCUUGAUCUGAUUCCCGUUCUCGAGGAUCUCGCUGGCUCCAAGGUUUCGGAUGUCAGCCUCGUUCUCGAUGUCACUCUUUAA